GCCCAUUAAUGUAUCAGAAAGCAAAUCAACGCCCCCUCUUUGAUCAAAACGCUCCCGAGAUUCCCUACCUUUUUCUGUCUAUCGACUGUAAUUGUCCGAUACCAGUACGGCUGGUAGUACAUAUAUACGCUCCAUCCUAGCUUCUAACGAGUCGCACGGUGAAAAUGGCAGGAGAAAACAGCAUCACCACCACCACGGUCGUCAUAGAGCCCGAGAAGCAGACGCUUCUCAACCAGCACAAAGAAAAGCACUUCACCGCCGGCGAAAUUGUCCGCGACAUUAUCAUCGGUGUCUCCGAUGGUCUCACCGUUCCCUUCGCCCUCGCCGCCGGACUCUCCGGCGCCAAUGCCCCCUCCUCCAUCGUUCUUACCGCCGGAAUCGCCGAAGUAGCUGCCGGCGCAAUCUCAAUGGGACUCGGCGGGUAUCUCGCGGCUCAAAGCGAAGCCGACCACUACGCGAGGGAGGUGAAAAGAGAGCAGGACGAGAUCAUCGCGUUUCCUGACACAGAGGCCGCUGAGGUGGCGGAGAUAUUGGCGCAGUAUGGGAUAGAACCGCAUGAAUACGCGCCUGUGGUGAAUGCUCUAAGGAAGAACCCUCAAGCCUGGCUUGAUUUCAUGAUGAAAUUUGAGCUGGGAUUGGAGAAGCCAGAUCCAAGAAGAGCAGUGGAGAGUGCAGUGACAAUAGCGAUAGCAUACAUAAUGGGGGGACUAGUGCCACUCAUACCUUACAUGUUCAUUCCUCGAGCCACAGACGCUGUGGUUGCAUCCGUUGGCUUGACCCUAGUGGCCCUUCUGGUCUUCGGCUUUGCCAAGGGCUAUUUUACCGGUAACAAACCACUGAUCAGUGCAAUCCAAACUACCCUUAUUGGAGCCAUUGCCUCUGCAGCAGCUUUUGGCUUGGCAAAGGCUGUUCACCCUUAGUUCAUUGCCCUAAACCUACACUUAUAAUUAAUUAAUGAAUCAUUUUGUGGAGGUUCUUUUAAUUACUUCUACUGUCGUUCUUAUCAUCUUAUAAUAUUUUGGACCAUUUCUUGUACCAUUUUUCAUAACACAAAUAAUUACAUCUUCUUUUAUGCAAAUUCAUGCAUGAUACAAACAUUUGUGUGUGUGUGUGUGUGUAUGAGAGAGAGAGAGAGAGUAAUAAGAAGAAGAGGCAGGGCUGAAGUUGCAGUUUGAUUAGGACAGAAGCAUGGCACAACGAGACUGGCAUAGCUCUCAGUAGGUGCAGUGUUGCACAUUCUUUCAUCCUGAAACAAUCUAACUUCAGGUGGUCGGACAAAUUCAGCAGCUUCUGAAAAUUGGUUAUAGAGCUUCACAUGUGACCUGAAUCCUCGCAAUUGAUGAUAUG